AAACCUAUUUGCACAAAUGGAAGUCAGCCACUGGGAAAAAAACAUUCCCCGAUUUAAGUUGUUUCAUUGUAAGUCCAAGUUUUUUGGAACAUAUCUUGGACUCCUAGCGAGGAUGGCCUGUAAUAACAUUGGUAGCAUAAUCCCUACAUCUACCACAGGUAGAGUGGUGCAGCAGCAGCUGUUUGCUUUGAGGAAUUGCUGAUGAAGCUUUUGAAACUGAGGGGGAAACUUACCCUCCCAUUCCACAUUCAGCCGCUGGGUGACUGAUCAUCUCUUGGAGCAGGCGGGCAGGCGUGCACACGCUAAACAUCAGCACCGGCUCACUGGAGAGGACACCUUCUGCCUGUCCCAUCGGGAAAAGAAUACAAUGGCAGCUACGGGGGGGCCCUCAGCGCCACCACCCUCUCGAGCCGUGAGUGAGCUUUGCCAGAAUGCCCAAGACAUCUUCCUGGAAGCCUCACGGCUAUUGCUCACAUAUGCGGAUAAUAUCAUCAGACACCCAAAUGAAGAAAAAUACAGGUCUAUUCGGAUUGGAAAUCCAGCGUUUUCUACUCGGUUGUUACCUGUCAGAGGAGCAGUUGAAUGCUUGUUUGAAAUGGGAUUUGAAGAGGGAGAAACUCAUCUUGUUUUCCCUAAGGAAGCCUCAAUCGAACAGCUACACAAAAUCCGAGAUCUGAUUGCUGGAGAGAGAAAUAGCAGAUUAAAUAAAUCAAGUCAAAACCAAAGAUCGGGAUCUUCUCAAACUGUAACCAAUAUGCAGCCUACUGCACCUCAGUCUUCAAGAGCUGCUGACUCAACACCAAUCCCUGUCAAUAGGCAGUUACAAACAUCAGCUGCACAGUCCACUACAAUGGAGGCUGAAACAGUCUUCUUUAAAACCCUUCAAUCAAACUUUCAGCAUGUGCAAGUAUAUGAGAACCAGUCUCUUCAGAAAAAAGCACUGGCUUCUAUCCCUGUCCAAGAUUUGAAAGAGAGAGCUCAAGAAAAGUUAGCACAAGCCAAAAAAGUGGAUGGAGGUACCCAUGUGAAUGAAGAUGAUUUUUUGUUGUUGGAGCUCUUACACUGGUUUAAGGAUGAUUUUUUUCAGUGGGUGAAUAGCCUUCCUUGCAGCAAGUGUGGUGGUGAGACAGAAUCUAAAGGUCACUUAUCACCUAAUGAUGAAGAUCUGAGAUGGAGUGUAAGCAGGGUUGAAAAUCAUCACUGUAACCAGUGCCAAUUUAGCAACAGAUUUCCAAGGUAUAAUAAUCCUGAGAAACUUCUGGAAACAAGAUGUGGGCGUUGUGGAGAGUGGGCUAACUGUUUUACCCUGUGCUGCAGAGCUCUAGGAUUUGAAGCUAGAUAUGUCUGGGAUUCAACAGAUCAUGUAUGGACUGAGGUAUAUUCUUCAUCCCAACAGAGAUGGCUUCAUUGUGACCCUUGUGAAAAUGUUUGUGAUAAACCUCUUCUCUAUGAGAUUGGCUGGGGAAAGAAGCUCUCCUAUGUAAUUGCAUUCUCCAAGGAUGAGGUUGUUGAUGUCACCUGGAGAUAUUCCUGUAAACAUGAAGAACUACUUUCUAGAAGAACACAGGUCAAAGAAGCAGCAUUGCGUGAAACAAUAGGAAGGCUUAAUAAACUGAGACAGCAGUCCUUGUCAGAAAGCAGAAAGAGAGUACUCUUGGAAAGGACAAUUGUGGAGCUUGUCGAGUUCAUUUCUCCCCAAACUCCCAAACCUGGUGAACUUGGUGGACGGAUAUCUGGUUCAGUGGCUUGGAGAGUAGCCAGAGGUGAAAUUGGUUCAGAGAAGAGAAAAGAAGUAAUUUUUAUUCCAUCUGGGGAAGAGAAGACCUCUAAACUUUUCCACCUCAGUUACAAUAUAGUGGAAGAUAGCUAUACACGAAUUUCCAAUAAUAAUGAAAAAAUCAGUGGCUGGGAGACAGGUGUGUGGAAGACAGAGUCUAUAUGGAGAAAGGUUGAAACGGACUGGAAAAUGGUUUAUUUAGCCCGAAGAGAAGGAUCAUCCUCUGCUUAUAUCUGCUGGAAGUUUGAGUGUGGGUCAGUUGGUCUAAAAAUAGACAACAUCUCCAUUAGAACAAACAGUCAUACAUUUCACAGUGGAACAAUAAGGUGGAGAUUGCGCUCUAACAUAGCAGAAGUAGAGCUGACUGGAGAUAAAAUUCUUCGUUCCUAUUCAGAUUUCUCUGAUGCAACAGAAGUUAUUUUGGAAGCUGAACUUAGCGGAGGGGAUGGUGAUACUGCAUGGCAACACACCCAGCUGUUUAGAGAGAGCUUAAGUAACUAUGGAGAAAAUUGUUUGGAGAUAAUUAUAAAACUCAUUGCUCUGAGAACCUAAAUAGAGAAGAAAUGCAGUUGGCAGCAGGGAUUUAUUGUAUAAAGUAUGCUGUGGAUACAGAGCGGAGAACUUGAUUGUCAAUUACUGUGGUUCAUACUACUGGGAUUUUGUUUCCCAUUUGCCAGUUUUAAUUUGGCCAUCAUGAAAACAAUAAAUUUUAUAUUAGAUCAUAAAGAAACAUGGGAACUUUGUAAAUUUUAUUCCUCUGUAAACUUACAGCAAAUAUGGAAAUGACUAAGUAAAAACUUGAUUCACCAAAAUACAAACACGAAAAUUAAGGUAUUCAGAAUUAUAACUAACACGCCAUCCUAAGUUUACUUCAUAGUCAAAGGGGGAAAUAAUUAUUGCAAAGCAAAACUUAACGGAGGAACAUAAAACUGUUUUAAAUUUGAAUCUGGGGAGCUUGUUUGUUUCAUAAUCUCUGCUAUUAUUUGGAGUUACUGUUUGCACUUGAUUGUCUGACAGGUAGCAUGUGUUAAUUUUUUUUAUUUUAAAAGACCUAUAUAAAGGAUAAUAUUAGCCCCUAACAUCUCCUCUGGAUAAAUCUACAUACUAUUUAGGCAUUUAAAAAGGUAAAAUGUUAUUUUACAUAAUACUGAGAACAAGAGCUUUGGAUAAAUAUUAAGGCACUUUUUAAAAAUAGCCUGGAUACAUGCAUAUGGUGGUUUAAGUAAUAAACAUAUUUUGGAGUAUAAUAA